UCUCGUUAGUAACUCAAAAAUAAACAAACCUGUUUGAAACAGCUGCUUCUCGUUUACAUUAUUUUGCCGAUCUAUUUUUUUACGCUAUUGAACUGCAGACAUUAUUCGUCACCUCGAGCGAAAUAAAAGUGAAAUGAGCAUUACAAACAUCAGCAAUGCUCAUUGUCCCCGUUGUGGAGUCUUGGUGACAGAAACUGCAAAUCGGUUGGUCACUGAUAGCUGUGGUCACCGAAAAUGUCGCCGCUGUUUACUUACUGACGAUGAGUGUAUGGAAUGCCUACAACAAAUGCAAUGUGAUAUUAAAAAUAAAACAAUCCAAAUUAUCGACAGCAAUACAGUGGCUGAAUGUAAAGUAGCUCCUGAAGUGAAUAUUGGUGUUGUAGCUAAAAAUUUCACGAAGAAAGGUAGAAAGGUGGCGUCCAUGCCGACACAUAUUUGCCGGGUAGCAAAUGAUUCGGACGCUGGUAUGCACUACUAUUGUACACGAUGCUGCCGAAAAUUUACCAGUCGGUCACAACAAUAUUACCACCUAACUUGCGGUAGUGAUGCCUCCAAAAAGUAUAAGUGCCAGCAUUGCGAUAAGGCUUUUGCUACAAGUUCACAUUUCAAUUAUCAUAUGGAAACACACGCAGAACGCACAUACUGUUGUAAACAGUGUAAUAAAUCUUUCACAAAUCGAAUGGUCUUACGGAAGCACGAAAGACUUCACUAUAUGACACCAAUGCAGUGCUCUGAAUGUGGCAAAGAAUUUCGUAGCAAGGACUCGUUGUCUGCACACAUCAGGAAAAUGCAUGAUGAUAAAGAUUUGCCUUACAAGUGUGAACAGUGCCAGAAAAGCUAUGCUUUGAAAUCUACUUUAAAACAACAUAUGCAAAAGCAUUUUGAUAAAAAAUAUUGGUGCAAAUACUGUGAUAAACAAUUUCAACGAAACUAUACUCUUAAAAUUCAUCUUAAAAAACACACAAAGACUGAUUGUUUUAUAUGUGGCAUAUGCCUCAACAAAUUCAGUGACUCAGCAGUUUUGCUGCGGCAUGUAAAACUUCAUCAAGAUACUAUUAAAUACCGCUGUAUAGAAUGUGAUGUUACCAUAAUGCGCAAGGAUAAUAUGUUGCGACAUAUUCGCACCUUACAUCCAGAUCGGAACUUCGAAAAUUGUGUUGAAAUUACAAAACCCAUUCUUUCCGAUGCGCAUAAAGAAAUUGAAGUGGAAGAUCCUUUAGUAGAUAAGCCACCAGUAACCGAACCAAAGACUGUAGAGAAUAGCGCCGUUAUCAAGUGCAUAGGAAAUGUUGCACCAAUGAAAGUGCCAACAUGCCAAGUCUCCAUUAUACCCACUUCCGAAUUAGAUACGAACUCUGCUCAAACUGACGUAAACACCAAUACAAUUUCGAAUAUCUCAACGUUUACCCCAUUGCGAAAUGUGCCAUUGAAUAUACACAGUACCGCAAGCGGAGGCCCUAAAGUUGUUCAAAAGAGAGUGAAAAAGAAGUACGACCCAAUCAAAAUGUAUCGCAAGAUUUUGAAUUCAGACUGUAAAGACGAAAGUGUUAACGAAAGUGAAAGUGAGAAAGAAGAAAUGUACAACAUACAGCCGCAAUGCGCAACUAACUCGGUUUCCGGUGUGGAUAUGACACCAGUAUUAGAAAAGCGAGUAACGCUCAGCACGUCGAAUUUCAGUGAAAUGCACUGGCGCAAAAACUUCAAAUAUACCUAUGAAUAUCAGGACUUUUAAAUGUUUGCUGGACAUACGGAUAUUUAUUAUUAUUUGUAGUUAGCGCAUAAAUACUUAGUUAUGUGCUUCGCCCAGUUGCUCCUGAAAUUCGCGGUGUCGUCUUUAUGUUUUUCAACAAGCAGAGGGUCCAAGAUUCUGGCCAAUGGUUUUACGAUUCAUCCAAAAGGGUAUCAUUUCCUGCCGAGGGGCGAACAAUAUUACAAACAAUAUUUACAUUUUGCUGAAGAAGUGUAUUAACGCUAUAACCAUAAUUUUGUUGCACUCUAUUCAUAAUCUUAUUUUUUUUCCGAGAAAAAAAUUAAUUUUAUGGGU